AUGACCGGCAAAAGGGGGUUGUUUGAUCGCUCCAGUUUCAUUAUGGAAUCGAGAUGGAGGCCCGGUGAUGCUUGGAAUAAGAAUCGUAGCGAUAUGGACAAGACCUGGGAUUAUAAUUCGUACUACAAGGGACAACGACAAGGGCUGACCGGAAGGAAUCAUCACGUAACUUCUUUCUUUGUUACAAAUGUUCUAGAUUCAGUUUUUUUGAAUGAUUUGUGGCAUGCAUGUGAUCAUAUUGAAAAAGUUGUGGAUGUUUUUAUUUCCAAUAAGAAGUCUCGUACGAGGAAAUUGUUUGGUUUUAUUAGAUUCUCGGGUGUCCAAAACAAUGAUUAUAUGGUUAAACAGUUAUGUGAUGUGUGGUUUGGGUAUUAUAAACUUUUUGCGUCUAUUACAAGAUUCUCUAAAAAAGAUUCCCCUUUCUCUCAUUAUCAUGCGAUUCCUUUUAAAAUUGAGAAAAGAGGUGAUUUGGUGAACUCAUAUGUUACUAUUGUUAAGGGCAAUUCUAAGGAAAGUCAUGGUAAAGAACUAGUUGAGGAAACCAUUGUUCUUCCUUUUGAGGAUUUUAUCAUGAAAAAAAAGAAACAUGCAUGUCUAGUUAAAGCUAGAGACUUCCCCACCUUACCUAAUCUCUAG